UCUUAUUAGAAUUUUUUGCAUUUUCGUGAUUAGUGGUUCGAUCAAAUUUUGUUUCUUAUAAAAAUGUUAAAUUAAUUGGAUAAAAAUUGAAGAAAUUUUAAAAAUAAUUGCAACAAAUUGUACAUUAAGCUCAAAACAACGGAGAAUCUCCAUCAAAAUACUAUUUUUCCUUUAAUCAUUAACUAAAAAAGCUCAGAAAAAAAAAAACGAAACAAUGGAUCGUAAAGCGGAAUUGGAACGCAAAAAAGCCAAGUUGGCUGCUUUGCGAGAAGAAAAGGACCGCAGACGUCGUGAAAAGGAAAUGAAAGACAUCGAAGAGGCUACUGGACGAAUAGGUGGUGGAGUUGGCAUUGAUAAGGAUCAAAGAAAGGAUUUGGAUGAAAUGUUGUCAUCAUUGGGCGUUGCCCCAGUAUCUGAAGUAUUAUCCUCGCUUUCAUCUGUAAACUCUGUUACAUCAGAUAACUCUAAUAACAUAACUCCAGAUGCAAGUUUGCAGCCAAGUGUUAAUGGCCAAGUAGCUGGUCGUAAAAAACCAUUAAAUUUGAGCGUUGUAACUGUACAGGCAACAAACAUUCCACCAAAGGAAACUCUGGUCUACACAAAACAAACGCAAACAAACAGUUCUGGAGGACACGAACGUGAUGUUCUUUCUUGCCAUUCCUCACCUUUGUCAGGAUAUAUGGAGGAUUGGUGGAGACCCCGCAAAGCUCACGCAUCGGAUUAUUACGAAACAAAUUCUCUUCUACUUCAAGAUGAAUACAAUCUUAAUCCAGGUUUAGAGUGGGAGGAUGAGUUCACAGUGCUUACCUAUGAUGCCCAAGGAGAUGACGAAGAGAGCUCGCUGCCACACAUCGAUCAUGGUUUCCAUUCCAAACUACCACCCGGAAUUCUACCACAUGGUCUGCCCACUGUGAAGGAAGUUGCACCAGCCAUAACACCACUCGAACACAAAAAAGAACAUGAAGAGAAGAAAGAGAUUAAGGAACUAUCGGAAGAACAAAAACAGAUGAUCAUCUUGUCGGAGGACUUUCAGAGGUUUGUUCUACGCGCUGGACGUGUUAUCGAGAGGGCUCUAUCUGAGAAUGUGGACAUCUACACAGACUACAUUGGAGGUGGCGAUAAUGAAGAGUCAAACGAUGAGAGGACACAUGCUCGAUUGUCAUUGAAUCGAGCUUUCUACGAAGACCGAUGGUCUAAGAAUCGAUGCAUAACUUCAAUGGAUUGGUCAACACAUUUUCCUGAACUGGUUGUUGCUUCAUAUCAUAAUAAUGAGGAGAGUCCCAAUGAACCAGAUGGUGUUGUUAUGGUCUGGAACACAAAAUAUAAAAAACAAACACCCGAAGAUGUAUUCCAUUGUCAGAGUGCCGUUAUGUCAACAUGCUUUGCUAAAUUCAAUCAGAAUCUUAUACUCGGUGGAACAUAUUCCGGUCAGAUUGUACUUUGGGAUAAUCGAGUGCAAAAGCGCACACCCAUCCAGAGGACACCGCUAAGUGCAACUGCACAUACGCAUCCAGUGUACUGUUUGCAAAUGGUUGGCACACAGAAUGCACACAAUGUGAUAUCGAUCUCAUCCGAUGGCAAGUUGUGCUCUUGGAGUUUGGAUAUGUUGUCGAUGCCGCAAGAUACACUGGAAUUGCAGCAACGGCAAUCGAAGCCAAUUGCUAUCACUUGCAUGUCCUUUCCAUCGAAUGAGAUUAACAAUCUGGUUAUGGGUAGUGAAGAUGGCAAUGUUUAUUCUGCUUAUCGACAUGGAAUACGUUCGGGUGUAUCUGAAGUCUAUGAGAAGCAUUUGGGUCCAGUGACGGGAAUAUCAACUCAUCCAAAUCAAUCUACACCAGAUUUUGGUGAUUUGUUCCUUACAUCGUCCAUUGAUUGGACAAUUAAGCUAUGGAGUCUUAAGGACACAAAACCAUUAUAUUCAUUUGAAGACAAUUCAGAUUAUGUUAUGGAUGUUGCAUGGUCUCCAAUUCAUCCCGCCUUGUUCGCUUCUGUCGACGGCAGUGGUCGCCUUGAUUUAUGGAAUUUAAAUCAGGAUACCGAAGUGCCCUCGGCAUCGGUGAUUGUUGAUGGUGCUCCAGCUCUGAAUCGUGUUUCAUGGACCCCAUCUGGGCUCCAUUUAACAAUUGGUGAUGAUUCAGGUAAACUUUAUGUUUACGAUGUUGCUGAACAUGUUGCACAACCGACACGGGAUGAAUGGUCGAGAUUUAGUGGAACUUUGAAUGAACUCAAAAUGAAUCACAAUGAUUAGAGAUUUUAAGCAAAUUAAAUUAUUGAAGUAAAAAAGAUAAAAAUUGUGUGAGGGAAAAGCGUUUAUUGAGAUAAUUAAGGUCUUUGGAUUUUUUAUAUGCGCUUACAAAUAGCAACCGCCACAAACAAAAGCAAAACAAAAAAAAAAAACUCAAAAUCUUUGUACACAAAGACUUAAAUUAAUUUACUUAUUGCUUUUAUUAUUAUUUUUUUUUUUUUUAUCAAAUAAUUCUUCCAAAAACUUAAAAACAUUUAUUAUUGUAUUCUUUUUUAUUAUUAUUUAAAAAAUUAAAAUUAUUGCUUUAAUUCAUUUAAUGAAAAAGUCAAACAUAACAAAAUUAAAUGAAAUUAUUUUAAUGUGUUCUUUUGUUUCUACCAUAUUUUCGUCCAUGAGCAGUUUUAUAUUGAUUCUAUUACAGAAUUUCCUAUGAAUUUUGAAAAACACAGUUUCUUUAUUUAAUUAAAAAAAAUUGUGGUAAGAUUUUACAAGAUUCAUUCCGGUUAAGUUAGAUUCUGUGGUAAAUUGAGUUAAAUAUCAAGCUUAAGACCUUUUAGUUUAGUUAUUUUAUAUUUGCUUUUUUAUCAAAAACAAAUUUCAAAGUUGUUUUCUCUCAAGAAUUUAUUAUGUGUCAAAUUUUAUUUUAUUAUUUUGAAGAAACCAGUAAAAUAGAUAACAAUGUUUUCUCUAAGUAUUAACAAUGUACGUUUUUGAAGAGAGCUAUUAGAAAACGUUACAAAUAACACUUUUAAGGAAGAAAAUUUUUAUUAUACAUUACUUAGUGCAAAUUAAGUUUUUUUUUUGUACUAAAACUAAUUUGGAUUUUGAGAAUAGAGAUAGAAGGAAAAGAAAUGUGUUUGAGCAAAAUUAUUAUUAUAAAUUAUAAAACAAAAAAAAUAUUUAUUAAUGUAUUAAAAAUCAGAUAAUUGAAGUAAUGGUAUUAAAAGAAACAAUAUACUGAAAAUUAUUGGUUUUUUAUUUCAUUUUCAGUGAAAACUUUAUUUUUGAUUUACUUUCAUUAAUUAUCUUUUCCUGGGACUUAUUUACUUUGAACUCGAUUUCAAGAGAAGGAUCAGAGCUGCUAAUGAGGUCUACAAAUGAAAAAGAACAGAGGAACAUCGGCUUUUCAGAAGGUUAUAAUAAGCACAGUUUUCCUACAACUGAGUAGUUACUUUUUUUAAUUUUGUACGCAAAAUAAAAACAACAAAUGCACUUGUGUAAUUUGUUUUUGUUUUGCGUUUAAAACGAAAAAUGUGUAAGUUAUGAGUUGUAGAAAAAACAAUGCAAAAUAUGGCCAAAAUCUCGAUUUGUUUUAAGCUUAACAAAUUUUUCGUUGACCAUGCUCCUGAAAAAAAAAUAAGUUCUUGUAUUCAUUUUAGACGAAGAAGACAAAUAAUGUUUAUUCGAAUCUGAUUUUUAAGAAAAGCUGAAAUUUCUUGAAGACAGAAAACCUUAAAAAAAAAAAACGAUUGUAAAAUUUAAAAAAAUCACUUUGCCGUGAAUUUAAUCUAAAAUUUUUUAGAUUAAGCAAAAAAUUUGAGAAAUUGAAAAUAUAAUUUCAAUCAAUUUGCGUCAAAUUUCAUAUUUCGGCAGUAAUUUCCUUUUAUAUUUUUGGCUUUCUUCGAAACAAAAAUGUUUGUAAGAUUUUCAACCAUUUUGAAUAGCAUUCAAAAAAUUACUGAAAUCAGUUUAAAACAUCGGUUUAAUUUUCAGUCAAUCUCAAACCAAGCUCAUAUCGUGUCCGAGCAAUUGUUUUCUUGUUUUCACAAGGAUUCUAUGGAAAAUUUGAGAUCCUUAAAAUUUGUUCCUAAGGAGCUAGCACCAAAAAUAUCGGCGAAAACCUAUCACGAUGCAAAUCAACAAGCAAUUAUCUCAAAACGAAUAUUGGCCCUUAAAAAUCCUCACAUUGGAGAACCGAGUUUUUUAACGAAUCGUUUAAAAAAUCUAAUGGAAUUUGGUCAUCUUCAUUUCUAAACAUAGCAGCAGUUUUGUUUAGUAUACAAACAAAACAAUUUGCUCUAAUGGUGAUUUGAUUACCCAAAUAUAGUUUUUUUUUUACAAACAUAGACUUUUUGCCUCAAAUUUUAUUAAUGCAAAAAUCAACAAAAAUAGAAAGGCAAUAAAUUUUGAUAGUGAUUUGAUUUAAUUUUUUUUUUUAUUUUUUUGAAGAAAGUCUAAAAUACAAUCAUUUACAAUUCAUAGACCUUGUUAUUAUCAUUAUCGAUAAAUUAUAAAAUUUUGUUUUUCAAAACUUCGCUAUUAUAAUUUAAGGGAUGACUACCGAAAAGGUAUGCCGUUACAAUACGGGUAAUUGUAUGAAUAACAUUCUACACCUGAACGUUGAAGUUCCGGUUUGGAAUUUUGUUCAUACAAUUAACCUUACUGCUACCGCAUACUUUUCCAGUGUACUAUAUGUAGAUCAACAAAUAUUCUUUAAUUAUAAUGAUUUGGAAGAAUUCUACUAUCAAGUUCUAAAAAAACUCUGGUUUGAAAUAUGGAAUUUAACGUUUUAUUAAUUGAAUACCGUUAUUAGAGCUGUAAUAUUACAGAAAAUUGUAAACCUUGUAUGCUAUUUUUCAAAAUAAAAGCUAAAAAUAACUGCAUA